UGUAAAGAACAUAUUCAUGGAGAUAGUGUUACACAUACAUUUUGCGACACAAUUUCAUAUAUGGCACCGGAAAUCUUGACUAGGAGUGGUCAUGGGAAACCGGCCGAUUGGUGGUCACUCGGAGCUGUCAUGUUUGACAUGAUAACUGGCACUCCACCAUUUAGAGCUGACAGUAUGGAUGGUGCAGAGGACACUGUAGCUAAUAUUCUUACCAGAGACCUGGAGAUACCAUUAUAUAUAUCGAUGGAAGCCAGUGAUCUCCUAAGCAAAUUACUUGAAAGACAAGUUAGCUCUAGAUUAGGAUCGGGCUUAAAUGAAGCCGAAGAGAUCAAAAAUCAUUGUUUUUUUCAACAAAUUGACUGGAAAGAGAUAACAAACCGUACCUGCGAACCUCCAUAUAUACCCAUAUUAAGUGGCGCAGACGACACAACGCAAUUCGAUUCCAGGUUUACUGAUCAGCCUCCAGACCUUUUGGCAAACCAAAUCAAAAUUGUGGAAAAAGUUUAUCUUUAUUAUAAUUUAGUUAUACUACGAUAUUUAAAUUGAAUGUUUACAUUUUGUUUUUGAAUUUUGAAUUUUUUUAUAUG